CGCCCCCGCUCCGCCCCCGGAGCCGCAGCCCCGCCCGCCACCGCCGUCGCCAUGUUGUGGCUCCCGCAGCCGGCGCCGGGGACGCGCGCGGCCGAGCCCGGGGCCUGCCGCCGCCGCCGCCGCCGCUAGGUGGUGUUUGGACUGCGGACCAUGUGCCUAGGUAGCAGCCGUCCCUUCCUCCGCAGCUCUGCACCCCCAGCACGGCUCCCCACGCCCUCCUUCUGAGAGCCGCCCCCAGCCCUUGCCAGCGUCCAGCCAUGGGGGACAUGAAGACUCCAGAUUUCGAUGACCUCCUGGCUGCCUUUGACAUCCCAGACCCCACCAGCCUGGACGCCAAGGAGGCCAUCCAGACCCCCAGCGAGGACAAUGAGAACCCCCUCAAACCCCCGGGCCUGUGCAUGGAAGAGAGCGUGUCCUUGUCUCACGCGGGGUCCGCCUCUGACGUGCCGGCCGUGAGCGUCAUCGUCAAGAACACCAGCCGCCAGGAGUCGUUCGAGGCGGAGAAGGACCACCUCGCGCCCAGCCUCCUGCACAACGGGUUCCGGGGCGCGGACCUGCCCCCGGACGCCCACGGCUUGGGCCACAACUGCGGGAAGUUCGAUUCCGCCUUCAUGAAUGGAGACAGCGCCAGGAGCUUCCCGGGCAAGCUGGAGCCCUGCAAGUCGGAGCCGCUGCCGACCUUCAACGAGUUCAGCCCCAUCUCCAGCCCGGAGCCCGAGGACGGCAUCAAAGACAACGGGUUUGGGCUGAAGCCCAAGCACGCCGACAGCUACUUCCCGCCGCCGCCGCCCGGGUGCGGGCCCGUCGCGGGCCCAGUGCUGGAGGCCCUGGGGAAGUUUCCGGUCCCGGAGCUGCACAUGUUUGACCACUUCGGCAAGAAAGAGCCCAAGCCGGAGCCGCUGCCCCUGGGCGGUCAGCAGGAGCAGGAGCGAGCGGCACAGAAGGCAGGGGAGCCCCACAAGGAGCUGGACGCCGGCCGCUUCUUCGGGGAGGCUUUGGACUUCAACAGCCACCCCGGCAACAGCGUCGUGGAGCCCAAGGGGCUGGCGGCUGAGCUGGGGUCCUGCUCGUCCGUCCCCCCGAGGCAGCGCCUGAAGCCGGCUCACUCCAAGCUGUCCUCCUGCGUCGCCGCCCUGGUGGCCCUGCAGGCCAAACGCGUCGCCAGUGUCGCCAGGGAGGACCAGCCUCCUGGCCACACCAAGGAUCCCUCAGGGCCCACGAGAGAGGGCUCCAAGGGCAGCCCCAAAAUGCCCAAGUCACCAAAGAGCCCCCGGAGCCCCCUGGAGGCCACGCGGAAAAGCGCCAAGCCGUCGGACAGCCCGCGGAGCAUCUGCAGCGACAGCAGCAGCAGGGGCUCCCCCUCGGUGGCCGCCAGCUCCCCGCCAGCCAUCCCCAAAGUCAGAAUCAAAACCAUCAAGACAUCGUCCGGGCAGAUCAAGCGGACCGUCACCCGGAUCCUGCCGGACCCCGAUGACCCCAGUAAGUCACCGGUGGGGUCGCCUCUGGGGAGCGCGGCUGCCGAGGCCCCCAGCGAGGCGCCCGAGGAGGAGGCCAGCGCCCUGCCAGCCGCGGAGCACUCUCCGGAGGGGGCCGCACGCGCAGGGAGCCCCCAGGGCGACAGGAAGGGGGCCGAGAGCGCGCCCAAGGCCAGCGAACCUGCGUCUCCCGGCGGUAGCUCCGCGUCCCGGGUCCCGGCGGCGGCGGCGGCGGCGGCCCCCGGCUCGCAGGCGGGCAAGAAGCCGCAGCAGAGCGCCGGACUGCCGGCGGCGGCCCCGGCCUCUGCCAACCUGCUGCCCAAGGCCGUGCACCUGGCCAACCUGAACCUGGUCCCCCACAGCGUGGCCGCCUCCGUCACGGCCAAGUCCUCCGCGCAGAGGCGGAGCCAGCCCCAGCCCACGCAGAUGUCCGUGCCCCUGGUGCACCAGGUGAAGAAGGCCGCCCCGCUGGUCGUGGAGGUCUUCAACAAGGUCCUCCACAGCUCCAACCCCGUGCCCCUCUACGCGCCAAAUCUCAGCCCGCCGGCCGACAGCAGGAUCCACGUGCCUGCCAGCGGGUACUGCUGCCUGGAGUGCGGCGACGCGUUCGCCUUGGAGAAGAGCCUCAGCCAGCACUACGGCCGGCGCAGCGUGCACAUCGAGGUGCUGUGCACGCUCUGCUCGCAGACGCUGGUCUUCUUCAACAAGUGCAGCCUGCUGCGGCACGCGCGCGACCACAAGAGCAAGGGGCUGGUCAUGCAGUGCUCGCAGCUGCUGGUGAAGCCCAUCUCCGCGGACCAGAUGUUCGCGGCGGCCGCCCCCGCGAACUCCUCCUCCGCCGCCGCCGCCGCCGCCGCCCCCGCGGUGCCGGCCCCCGCGCCCGCGCCCCCGCCCUCCCCCAAACACGGCCCCACCAUUCCCGCGCUGCCGCUCUACCCGGACCCCGUGAGGCUCAUCCGGCACGGGGUCAAGUGUCUGGAAUGUCACAAGCAGAUACGCGACCACACGGUCAUGGCUGCGCAUUUCCAGAGGAUGUCGGAGGAGACCGAGGGGCUGACGUGCCCGGUGUGCCAGAUGCUGCUGCCCAACCAGUGCAGUUUCUGCGCGCACCAGCGGACCCACACACACAAGUCCCCCUACUGCUGCCCGGAGUGCGGGGCCCUGUGCCGCUCGGCCUACUUCCAGACCCACGUGAAGGAGAACUGCCUGCACUACGCCCGCAAGGUGGGCUACAGGUGCAUCCACUGCGGGGUUGUCCACCUGACCUUGGCCUUGCUGAAAAGCCACAUCCAGGAGAAACACUGCCAGGUUUUCCACAAAUGUGCUUUCUGCCCCAUGGCCUUCAAGACUGCCAGCAGCACCGCGGACCACAGCGCCACCGAGCACCCCACCCAGCCCCCUAAACCCUCCCAGCUCAUGUACAAGUGCUCCUGCGAGAUGGUCUUCCACAAGAAGAGGCAGAUCCAGCAGCAUUUUUACCAGGACGCCAGCAAGGCGCAGGUGGGCGUCUUCAAGUGCCCCGAGUGUCCGCUCCUGUUCCUGCAGAAGCCGGAGCUGAUGCAGCACGUCAAGAGCGUCCACGGGGUCCCCCGCAACGUGGAGGAGCUGUCGAGCCUCCAGUCCUCGGCUGACACGGCCUCCUCCGGCCGCCCCGGUUCCCGAGUUCCCACCGAGCCCCCGCCGACCGGCGUGGCUGCCCGGGGUAGCUCGCUGCCGUCGGGCCGCUGGGGCAGGUCCGAGGCCCAUCGCAGGGCAGAGGGCAAGCCCCGGCUGAGGAGCACAGGCUGGACCUGCCAGGAGUGCCAGGAGUGGGUGCCCGACCGGGAGAGCUACGUGUCCCACAUGAAAAAGAGCCACGGUCGGGCGCUGAAGCGGUACCCGUGCCGGCAGUGCGAGCAGUCCUUCCACACGCCCAGCAGCCUGCGCAAACACAUCCGCAACAACCACGACACCGUCAGGAAGGUCUACACGUGCGGGUACUGCACGGAGGACAGCCCCAGCUUUCCUCGGCCCUCCCUCCUGGAGAGCCACAUCAGCCUUAUGCAUGGAAUCAGAAACCCCGACUUGAGCCAGACGUCCAGCAUCAGACCUCCGGGCGGGCACUCCCCUCAGGUGAACCAUCUGAAGAGACGGGUCAGCGGGGCAGCGGACGCUCCGGGCACCAGCAACGGCGUGACCGUCUCCUCCGUCAAGAGGCACAAGUCCCUUUUCCAGUGUGCGAAAUGCAGCUUUGCCACGGACUCGGGGCUCGAGUUCCAGAGCCACAUACCUCAGCACCAGACGGACAGCUCCACGGCCCAGUGCCCGCUCUGCGCCUUGUGCUACACCUCCGCUGGCUCCCUGGGCCGCCACCUCUUCAUCGUCCACAAGGUGAGAGAGCAGGAGGACGACGAGGAGGAGGCCGCGGAGGAGGCGGAGCCGGAGGAGGGCUCCGGGGAGGAGGUGUCCAUGGACGCCAGGGAGAACGGACUGGAAGAAUGUACUGGCGAGCUUUCGUCAGGUGACCCAGAGGCCCGAAGAUCGCCAGGCCCGGCCCCCGAGGAGGACGGUGCCCGGGAGGCUCAGAGUCAGCCACAGGCCUCCCGGGAUCAGGACAGCCACGCGCCGUCCCCGCAGGCGUGACCGGAGGCUCGCGGUGCGUGCGGUCGGGUGUGCUGUGGCGUGCCGCUCCGGCCGUGCGGACCGGGACGUGGGGGAGACCAGCUGCUCUGCCCGGUGUGAGUGUGGCAGAGGGGCGGGGCCCUGGGGUGGUGCCCGCCCCCCGAGCUGCAGGGAGCCGGGUGCGCCCCGGCCCCAGGAGGUGUGGGCUGCCCCGGAAGCUCCCAGAUCUGAAUUUACUUCUGUUAUUUAUGGCUUUGUGCUGCUUCCCGGAACCCUGACUCUCGUCCGUGUCCUUCCAGCCCCGGCGCUGCCCGCUCCGCUUGAAACCGCUCAGCGGCCGCGCUCUUCGGGGAGGCUCCCCACCUGCUGCCGGCAACCGGGGGCCCCAACGAGCUGUCUGGGAGGCCAGAGCCUGAGGAGGGGGGGA